GUUGAACAACACUUUGUUCAAGAUGUCCGGCUUUGGCGACAGAUUAAGCCAGCGACAAAAGGCCUUCAAAAAGGGCGUGGACGCAGAUGACGCGCGGCGAAAGCGCGAAGAUGCCGCGGUGCAGCUGAGAAAAGCCACACGCGAUGAGGCCUUGAUGAAGAAACGCAUGGUGAACGAUGUGCCACCACCUGGUCAACUUUCACCCGAUCCCAUGGCGAUGACGCAGAUGCAGACAGGCAUGGGAAUGCCCGGCAGCUGUGUGGAGCAGAUUCCCAGUCUGAGUCAAGCCUUGAUGUCGGACGACGCACAGGCACAGUUCAAUGCCACACAGCAGUUUCGAAAACUGCUCAGCAUCGAGCAAAAUCCACCCAUUUCAGAGGUCAUCAAUGCUGGUGUGGUGCCCCGUUUCGUUCAGUUUCUGAAGGAAAUCAACCGACCAGAUUUGCAGUUUGAAGCCGCUUGGGUGCUGACAAACAUUGCUUCGGGAAAUGCCGAUCAGACUCGAGUGGUGGUGGAGCAUGGAGCUUUGCCGAUCUUCGUUCAGCUUUUGCAGUCUCCCAACGACGAUGUCCGAGAGCAAGCUGUUUGGGCGCUAGGGAACAUCGCUGGCGACUCUCCCAACUUCAGAGACCUGGUUCUGCAGAGUGGAGGUUUACACCCUGUGAUGACAGUUUUGAGAGAUUCUGAAAAGACCUCCAUGCUUCGCAACGCCACCUGGACUUUAUCCAACCUUUGUCGUGGCAAGCCACCCCCGCCCUUCGAAUGGGUCUCACCCGCCCUGGGCACAUUGGCGAACCUGAUCUACUCAGCCGAUUGCGAGGUUCUGACCGACGCCUGUUGGGCCCUGUCCUACCUGUCGGAUGGGCCCAAUGAGAGGAUCACUGCAGUGAUCCAGGCCGGGGUUUGCCGACGCCUAGUGGAGCUUUUGCUACACACUUCACCCUUGGUACAAACCCCCGCACUGCGAGCAGUGGGAAACAUCGUCACGGGUGAUGACAACCAGACGCAGGUGAUUCUGCACAGUGGCGCCUUGCCAUCGCUGUUGAAGCUCCUGUCCCAUGCCAAAAAGGCGAUCCGGAAGGAAAGCUGCUGGACUAUCUCCAAUAUCACUGCAGGAAAUCGCGAACAAAUUCAGGAGGUCAUCAACAAUGGCUUGCUGCCUCCUGUCAUCCAUUUACUCCAGACAGCCGAUUUUGACAUCAAGAAAGAGGCUGCUUGGGCGAUCAGCAACGCUACCAGUGGAGGAUCUCCGCAACAGGUGGAAUAUCUGGUGGAGAUGGGUUGUGUGAAACCCUUGGUGGAUCUGCUGGCCGUCUCUGACGCCAAGAUCAUCGGGGUGGCCUUAGAGGCCUUGGAAAACAUCUUGAAGGUUGGCAAGGACAAGCAGCAAGAAUUGGGUCUCCAAGAUAACCCCUUCGGAAGCAAGAUCGAAACUGCGGAUGGAUUGCCCAAGAUUGAAGCAUUACAAGAGGAUCCCAAUGAGGAAGUGUACCAGAAAGCCAUGAAAAUCCUUGAGAAGUAUUUUCCCCUGGAGGACGAUGAUGCAGACAUCGGUGAAGAUGCCUCCGGACCGCAAUUUCAAUUCGGCGCCCAGGUGCCCACAGGUGGCUUCACUUUUGGUUCCUGAGGCUGAAGCUGUUGAACUCGUAUUCCAUGGGCUGUUCUGCCUCAGAACUAGGGAC